AUGGUCAAGCUUGUUUUGGGUGAGAAAAGUGCUGAAAAGCGGAGUGCUAUUUCUCUCUCAAAUAAUACAGUGCAACGCCGAAUAUCUCUUAUGUCAGAUGAUAUCAAAGAACAAGUGAUACAGAAAGUUAAAGAAGCUGGAUUAUUCAGUAUUCAACUUGACGAGUCCACUGACGUCCAGUCCUGCUCACAACUCAUGGUUUUUGUUAGGUAUGUUCAUGGUGAGGAUAUGAAGGAGGAAUUCUUGUCUUGUGAAACUCUCGAGCAAUCUACAAAAGGUGAAGAUGUAAUGCAGAAACUUUCAGAAUUCUUUGAAGCAAAUGGUCUCGACUGGGACAAUCUCUGUGGGAUAUGCACACACGGGGCUCCAGCCAUGUUAGGUUCUAAGUCAGGUUUUGUUUCAAGAGUUAUACAAAAAUCACCAAAUGCUAUACCUCUCCACUGCAUGAUCCACAGGCAAGCUCUUGCUUCAAAAACCCUACCCUCAGAAUUACAGAAAACCCUGAAUACCAUAAGCAACUACUUGCACCACUAA